GGGAGCUCUCCCGCAGAGCCGGGUCAGGACCCGAGCCCCCACCCCAUCCCCGCAGGCUGACCUGGGGACAGCAGCCUUCAGCACACAGACACUGCCAUGGCAUUCCUGGUCCACCUGCUGGUCUGCGUCUUCGGGAUGGGCUCCUGGGUGGCCAUCAACGGGCUGUGGGUGGAGCUGCCCCUGCUGGUGAUGGAGCUGCCUGAGGGCUGGCACCUGCCCUCCUACCUCACGGUGGUCAUCCAGCUGGCCAACAUUGGGCCCCUGCUGGUCACACUGCUGCACCGCUUCCGGCCUGGCUACCUCUCUGAGGUUCCCAUUAUCUUUGCCAUCCUGACCGUGGGCACCAUCACCUGCAUCCUCUUUGCCUUCCUUUGGAACAUGACCUCCAAGGUGCUCAGCGGUCACCACAGCAUCGCCUUUGUCGUCCUCACCUUCUUCCUGGCGCUGGUCGACUGCACCUCCUCCGUCACUUUCCUGCCCUUCAUGAGCGGGCUGCCCUCCUACUACCUUACCACCUUCUUCGUGGGCGAAGGCUUCAGCGGGCUCCUGCCUGCCCUAGUGGCUCUGGCCCAGGGCUCAGGUAUCACCACCUGCGUCAAUAUCACAGAUGCCACCUCAAGCCCUGUGACCACAUGGGAAACCCAUGGCACGCAGGGACCCAGCAGCCCCACAGUGUGGGCCCCUGCCAACCACAUGGAAAGCCGCUAUCUCCCUGCACGCUUCUCACCACUGGUCUUCUUCCUACUGCUGGCUGGCAUGAUGGGCUGUUGCCUCCUGGCCUUCUUCCUGCUCCAGCGUCGGUCCCGGGCCCAGCAAGGCUCCAUUGAGGACCUCCUCCAGUGCCAGGUCACUCUGCAUUCCAUCCGGCCACGUGACGAGAGAGACACAGGGCCCCUGGACCCGGAAGAGAGUAGCAAGGGCAAGGGGCACCUAGAGGAGAAGGUGGCUGCCCUGCACCCCGCACAGCUGGCCUUCAUUUACACGCUGGUGGCCUUCGUGAAUGCGCUCACCAAUGGCGUGCUGCCCUCCGUGCAGACCUACUCCUGCCUGCCGUAUGGGCCCGUCGCCUACCACCUGGCCGCCACCCUCAGCUCUGUGGCCAGCCCACUCACCUGCUUCCUCUCCAUAUUCCUGCCUAACAGGUCUCUGCCAUUCCUGGGGGCCAUCACCAUUCUGGGAACCGGCUUUGGGGCCUACAACAUGGCCAUGGCUGCACUGAGCCCUUGCCCCCUCCUCCAGGGCCACUGGGGAGGAGAAGUCCUCAUUGUGUUGUCCUGGGUGCUGUUCUCUGCCUGUCUCAGCUACAUCAAGGUCAUGCUGGGCGUGAUCCUGCGCGACCAGAGCCGCAGCGCCCUCGUGUGGUGUGGGGCGGCUGUGCAGCUGGGCUCACUGGUCGGGGCGCUGCUCAUGUUCCCUCUGGUCAACGUACUGAGGCUCUUCGUGUCUGCAGACUUCUGCAGCCUGGACUGCUCUGCCUAGGCGGCCCAUCGGUGACGCCUGGAAGCUAGGGGGAGGCGAGGGGCUGGCCAAGGUCACAGCCCUGCAGUGGGGAGCAGGGAGCAGAGCUCUAGCCUCGGGACCGUGAAUGGCACCAGUCUGGAUGGAGGCCU